AUGGCGAGCAAUAGCAAUAGCAGCAGCAGCAACCACACGCGCUCCGUAUCGGGGCAGUCAGAGACCUCGGAGCCUGCCACUUCCAACCCUCACAACAAUGGAGCCAACCCUUCCGCAACAAGAAAUACAUCGCACACUCAGCGGAAACAGAAAUCGUCACCACCCACACCGAUGCUGAGAAAGUCAUCCUCCAGCAACUUGACUCCUCUGGUGUCGUCACCUCUAGCUCAGAGCCCUCAUACGUCACGAAAUACCUCCCCCAUUCGGAAAGAGAAGUCCACAACGCAAGGGUCUGGUAAUCUAUCUUCCCAGCCGUCGGCUGCAGCGAUUCAGAGAGCACUAUCCGCGUCCAGUGUGCCCCAAUUGCAACAUCAACCAGGCUCCCAAACUCCUACGGUGUCGGAAGCUGUGUCCAAGAUGUCCCGAGGACAGAGAGGCACAUCUGUUUCCGCAGAGAACAUACCAUCAUGGCCAGUAUCCCCUCGAUUGAAGUCUCCACCUCCAUCCGGGCCGAAUUCCAGACGAGGCUCCGCCGCAGCAUCUAGGAAGCCCGAUGCGAACGUGCCCCCAAGCAUCCAGGUCCUCAGCGCGACUCCACAAUCGAACAACCCACCACAGACCAUUCCACGGCAAGCGAACAUGGACAAUCCAAAGCCCGAGGUACAGCUGCAGCCACCGCCACCGCCAAAAGCAUCAGCUGCACGAGGUCCCAGUGGCAAGUCAAUGCUCGAGACUGUCCAGGAAAACAGUGCGGACGGACAAGAGCCCAGCCCCGUCGCAAUUCAGGCCUCAUCGGAUCUAAAGCCAUGGACGAAGCUCCCCGAUGAAGAUCUCCGAACGCCCAAGGCUGAAGCCACCAAGACGGAGGAUCCAAAGCCAGGCGAGAGUGGGAGUGAAAGCGCAGGCAACAAGAGUGAUUCCAAGCCGCGAGGACGUCGGCCAUCAGAAUCCAACAGCGUUGCCAGCAGUCAAGCACCCCGGACGAAGAGUACGGCGGCGAAGCCCAGCCAGGGCUCAUCCACCAUAAAGUCGCGCCAAGGCGAAGGAAAACAGAACAUGACCGUCGAAACCGAGACGGUUCAAUCGAUCCCGCAAUCGGGUCUCGCGCCUGCAAGCGAGGGAGCAAAUCGCCUGCGCACGGACAAUAACGGGACUGUAAAGCUCAAACCCAGCACCGAGACCAUUCGCCCCAAGAAGGAGCGCAAGAAGAACGAGCGAAAGAACAGAAGUGUCAACCAAGGCUCAGGUACGUGUUUUACUUCUCCCCAACGGCAAGGUGGACAUCACCUUCGCAGUCAUCAUGGUACCUCAGAGUCGUCAGACGGGGUUAUACCACCCCUGCGGCGCGCUUCAACAUGGCGCCCAGAGCACGAUUCGUUCACCACGUUGCGGCGUACUUUCUCCUUCAUGUCCGGCGGUGCCACGGCUGAAGAGCCAAUGGCACCGCCGGAUGCUCAGUCAUUUUCAGCUACUCCGUCAAGUCGUCGUCCCAGUUCAACUGCGUUUCUCAGGACUUUGUCUGACAAGUAUCCUCGCAAAGCAACCUCCAAGGCCGACCUGUUCGAGCAACGAGUGGCGAAUGCGGUAGACGAGGCCAACACCUCUGACUCUGACGAGACAUUCGUUUAUGAGUCGAACCCUCCCGAGCCCCAGCGACGACAACGACAUCACAGUAGGACUCCGAGCGUUACCUCGUCACACAGCAUGGCCGACCAGCAGCGAGGAGGUAUGCGCAACAUCGGCGACGUAUUCGAUGAUCGACGCGUAGGCGGCAAGCGAAGCAUGAAGUUUUCCAGCAACCCAUAUCAGGACGUCGACAGCCCCGAGAGCAAGGACGGAACGGUGCGAACGCAUACUCCCCGGCACAUAGGCAGGUUUGGGAGAGGCGGUCACCACUCUGCAUCCUACGACCAACAAGAGUCACCAUUCACGCAAGCGUCGAAGUUGCGACAGAACCACCUGCAGCGAUCGAGACCCAAUUCGCCCAAGAGUCCACAAAGCCUGCAAUUCCGGUCGGGAGCCGGUUUCCUCUCUGGCAGUCGCAAACAUGAACAACCGUAUGAUUUCGACGUCGAACAGAACGCCGAUGAUGAGCGAACACCGCUUGUCGGGAGCGUGCGUGCGAAUCGUAACUACAGAAGCAUUCGCCGCAGAGGUAGCAUCAAUACCUACAUGGGCGAAUAUUCCUACCAAAGCGACCGUCAACCAUGGCGAUGCUGCAACAGACGAGCCGGAUCGUGUGCUCUUACUGGCAUCAUCGCACUUCUGGUGAUUCUCUCCGCAAUCGGCUUCGUGAUAGCCUCGAACCGACCUCUCCAGGACAUUGAGAUCAAGAAGGUUGAUAGCGUCCUGGCGACUGAGCAGGAGCUCAUGUUCGACCUGAUUGUUGGCGCGCUCAACCCAAACAUGUUGGGCGUCUCGGUGUCUGAUCUCGAUGUCAACAUCUUUGCGAAAAGCAAGCACGUGGGCAUGGGACAUACCACCGAGACUUCUACACGCCUGGCAGACAGCCAAGAAAAGCAGCAGAGGAGAAUCGAGGCUAGCGGGGACAUCGAUCGCAAUCCAAAUCCGUCGCAAGACUUAUCGGGACACUGGCACGCGCCGACUGACCACGGCCCCUACUCAGACAUUGAGAAGGACGCUCAGACUAUGCUUCUUGGGCGCGUCUUCCACUUUGACCAGGCCAUUUCUUUUGAAGGAACUCCCAUCCAUCAAAAGCAACAGACAUCAUCCGGUCAAGUUCGGUUGAUGCAGCCAGGCAACAAGACAGAAUCAGGGGGCAGUGCUCGCUGGGAGCAGAUCAUACAGAACCCCUUCGAGCUGAUCGUACGCGGUGUUCUGAAGUAUCAGCUGCCGAUCUCGUCCCGUCAACAGAAAGCUGCGGUGGGAGCGUCUGUAAUGGUCCACCCCGAGGACGGCAUCGACCAGCACGGUAGCAUGAGAGUCGAGCCCGUCGACCAUUCUGAGCACUGGCAGUGGAUUGAAUGGCCCGAUCUUAUGGAUGAUGACUCCGACGAAGCAGCUCGGAUCAAGGAUACAGACAGACUCGAAGAGUUGGAAUGA